AUGCUCUCACGUGUUGCUGCAGUGAAGGCACCCCGCACACACAACCGUCGCCGUAUGACCGGGUCCAGCGGAAGGAGGAGGGAAGGAAGAGAGUGUGAGCCGCAGAGGCCCAACAUGUCCCGGCAUGUGUUUACUUCUGCGGUGCUGCUUUUCCUCGUCGUUAUGAUGUGCUGCAGCGGUGGGGCUUCGAACGCCGUGAAGAGUAAUUCGGGGAAUGCGCAAUUGCCUCAUACGGUCGAUCUAUUUGUGCCGCAGACGACGCAGGUGCUGCCGAAUAAGGGGACUAACUCAGUCACGACGAGGGAUUCAUUUAAUUCACCCUCUAUUGUCAGUGCUGGAGGAGUAAUUGUUGCUCUUGCCGAAGGUCAAGUGUAUACCGUUAAUGCUGGUAAUCAACGUGAGAAAACUUCUUCUGAUGUUGUUGCGGAGUACAUUGACGCAUCGUGGGAUUGGUCCACUCUUGUUGGCAAGGUGAGUGAAAGUAAAUGGAAGGCAAACACCGUGAUUUGUACAACGGAUGGAACGGAUAAUCGUGUGGGUGUUUUUUACCACCCCACAACCACCACGAAUGGCAAUAAGGUGUUUCUUCUUGCGGGAAGCCUUUAUGAGUACAAACAAACUGAUGGAAAUCGGACAUAUAGCGGAUUCAAACUACGACUUGAACUGGUUUUGGGUGAUGUGAGGGAGCCUACGAGCAGCGAGCCGACUGAGCGGAUCAAAUGGGGCGAAAUCAGGUCUCUGUUAAACGAGAGUACUAUAGCUGCUCACGAAGGUAAAUGGACGGGGUUUCUUGCCGCUGGUGGCUCAGGUGUCCUGAUGGAGGAUGGCACGCUUGUGUUUCCACUGAUGGCGAAGAGCGGAAAUGGUGAGUUUUACUCCAUGAUCAUUUACUCAACGGAUAACGGCAGUACCUGGGCGCUCUCAACGGGCGUUUCCCCUGCGAAAUGCCUUAGCCCCCGCAUCACCGAAUGGGAUGGAUCACUUCUUAUGAUUGUUAAUUGCAAGAGUGGCCAGAGGGUGUACGAGUCGCGUGACAUGGGGAAAACGUGGACGGGGGCAGCUGGGACGCUUCCAGGCGUGUGGGCCAACCCAGGAUUAUUCUUUUGGGAUCUGAGCUUGCGUGUGGAAGCCCUCAUCACCGCAACCAUUGAUGGAAGGAAGGUCAUGCUGUACACACAGAGAGGGGACUCCUCGGGGGAGAAAAGGGAGAGAGCGCUCUAUCUUUGGGUCACGGACAACAACCGCUCGUUUUAUUUUGGACCGAUUGGCAUCGACAGUGCUGUGGGGGAGGAGUUCGCCAGCACCCUGAUGUACUCGGAUGGCAAUUUGCAUCUGUUACAGCAGAGGGGCGAUUAUGAAAGCACUUUCAUGUCGCUUUCUCGUCUGACGGAGGAAUUGAGUACGAUCAAUUCUGUCCUGAAGAACUGGGCGCAAAAGGACGCCUUCUUCUCCAAGUUGUCUAUACCCACAGCGGGUCUGGUGGCGGUUUUGUCCGAUACGGCCAGCAAUGGCACGUGGAUCGACGAGUACCUUUGCCUGAAUGCGACGGUAAGAAAUGCCACGAAGGUCAAAGAUGGAUUUCAAUUCACUGGGCAUAGCUCCAGGGUAUCAUGGUACGUGAACACUCGGAUUAAUAAUGUGCGUCAUAUAUCCUUGAGCCACAACUUCACACUUGUGGCGUCGCUGAUCAUCGAAGAGGCUCCGAGUAAUAACACUCCUCUACUGACUGCGACGUUGGCGAACAAUAAUUCCAAUCAUACCAUGGGAGUGUCGUACAGCCACAACAAGUUGGGGAUUAUGUUCGAGGACAACACAAAAACACAAAGCAGCACUUGGGAGCCGAAGAAAGAACACCAAGUGGCACUCAUGCUGCAAGGCAACAAGAUCUCCGUGCACAUUGAUGGUGAGUCGCUGGGGGAGGAAGAAACGCCGUUAACAGGUGAGAGGCAACUUGAACUCGCAGGCUUUUGCUUUGGCGCGUGCGGUAUGCAAAACUCACCUGUGACGGUGAAGAACGUCUUUCUGUACAAUCGCCCACUGAAUUCCACUGAGAUGCGUGCAAUCAAGGACAGGAUCCCCGUUUCGACGAGAGCUCCAGAACCACAAGUGAAAAUUGCUCCCAAACCUGCUGCACCUGCGGUGCCUGGCCCACGGGAAGUACCAGCAGCACCGGGGAGGACAACUGUGGGGAGAACCGCCAAUACCCAGCAUGCGCCAGCGGAACGCUUGACUUCUGCUGGGAAUGAGGGGACGGCACGAGAAAAGGGUGAUGGUGGGGCAAAUGGUGAUGAUGGUUCCGCGUACGGGAGGGGACUGCUGCCGCUGCUUCUUCUGCUCUGGAUGUGGGGAUUUGCGGCUGCGUGA